GCCAGCCUCGUAGAGCUGCCGGCCAAUCGCAGGGGGCUCCAGGACUCCGUUCAGGUUGCACGGUACAUAACGCGGAGGCGGGGGGCGCGCGACCCCAGAACUCGUGCGCUGUGUCUCAGUUCUCCGCCGCGCGCUGCUCGCCCGUGUCUCUGUGAGCCAGAAGCCCCCCCGCAACCAGGCACCAUGCCGACCGACGCGCAAGCCGACGCCCGCUCCUUCCUGAGCGAGGAGAUGAUCGCUGAGUUUAAGGCCGCCUUCGACAUGUUUGACACCGACGGUGGCGGUGACAUCAGCACCAAGGAGUUGGGCACUGUCAUGAGGAUGCUGGGACAGAACCCCACCAGAGAGGAGCUGGAUGCCAUCAUCGAGGAGGUGGACGAGGACGGUAGCGGCACCAUCGACUUCGAAGAGUUCUUGGUCAUGAUGGUACAGCAGCUCAAGGAGGACCAGGCUGGGAAGAGCGAGGAGGAGCUGGCAGAGUUCUUCCGUAUGUUUGACAAGAACUGUGAUGGCUUCAUCGACAGGGAGGAGUUUGGCGAGAUCCUGCGCUCUUCCGGGGAGCCCGUCACCGAGGAGGAAAUCGACGAGCUCAUGGCCGACGGCGACAAGAACAACGACGGCAAGAUCGACUUUGAUGAGUGGCUCAAGAUGAUGGAGAACAUCCAGUAGACUGGCGAACAUUCCUUUCCCGAUGCCUCUGCUUGCCAAGGACUCUUUCUGUGGCCUCGUGCCCCUCGCCAUUCGGAAAUCGACCCCCUCAGAGACCCGACAGCUGCUCUCGCGUCCGCACGCGCCCUCGGGCCCCGCAGCCGCGACGAGCGACGGGACACUUGACACCUCGUGUGACACGGCGGGCUGUGCGGCCCUCGCCGGUAAAGGCGCUACCUCGCGCUGGCACUCUGCACCUUUCUGGGAGCGUGUAUAAAUAUCCCCCUGCAGGACGAGCAUCUAGCCCCCCGCCGGCCCCCCGUGCCCAGCUGUCCCCCCGCGCACCUGCUGCUGUGUCCGUCACGCUGUGCCCUUUUACAGAAAGCUUCUAAAAUAAAACCACUUUCCGGCGCUGAUUCACAAA